GUACUGAUAGACGGCACUGACUGGCAUCACUGCUGGGCACUGACUGGCAGCACUGACUGGCACAACCCCUGGGCACUGACUGGCAGCACUGCUGGGCUGCACUGGUGGGCAGCACUGGUGGGUGGGCACAGGUGGGUGGCACUGUGGGCACAGGUGGGUGGCACUGCUGGGCACAGGUAGGUGGCACUUCUGGGCACAGGUAGGUGGCACUGCAGAGUAGCACAGGUGGGUGCACUGCUGGACACAGGUGGGUGAUCUGCUGGGCACAGGUGGGCGGAGCUAGUGGGCACACUGCUGGGCACAGGUGGGCGGAACUUGCGGGUGGCACUGCUGGGCACCGAUCAUCAGGGCACUGAUCAUGAGUGCCCUGAUGAUCGGUGCCGAUCCCCGCUCUGACAACUGCCGGACACAGCGAUCACGGAGAUUGCCGGGUGCGCGCCCCCUGGG